AUGCACACUUCGAAUUCUAUGAAAAGAGGGAGACCCAAAUGCAUGGCAGUUGUUGCCACUUUGCUUGAUUUAUGGAAAGCGGGGUUUCAUGCUCAUAAGAGAAAGGCAAUGGAGAAGGUGAAGGAAUUAAGGAGGGUUUGGGUUUAUAAACUGGAAAGUGGGGACAAAGUAGAGGGAGUGGUAACAUGGGUGGGUUGGGGUAUGCCAUACAACCCUCUUGUGAGGGUAUUGCUUUUGGGGCAAUAUGAGCACAAGGAUGAAAAUGACUCCGUGGUCUAG